GUGUCCCCUGAUAUUCUCUUCCACUCUGCCUCCAGACUCAUCAGAGCCUGUGCCCUGCUCCAGAAAGAGGGAAAGGGAUAGAGAGUGAGCAAAGGAUACUGGCAAAAGGGAAGCACCAUGGCUGAUUCUUCAACAAACAUGAGGUUACGGCUGCCACUGUUGUGCAUCAUCUUGGAGGUCAUCCUCAUCAUCCUCUUUGGAACACUGGUGGAGUAUGACCAUGACACUCAUGCCAAGUCGUGGAAUGAAAACAGAACUUCUACUAGAAAUGAUUACGAAAAUGAGUUCUACUAUCGUUAUCCCAGUUUCCAGGACGUUCAUGUGAUGAUCUUUGUGGGGUUCGGAUUCCUGAUGACAUUUCUGCAGAGAUAUGGAUUCAGUAGUGUCGGAUUUAACUUCCUCAUCGCAGCCUUUUCCCUACAGUGGGCCACACUUAUGCAGGGCUUUUUCCACGGCAUGCACCAUGGCAAGAUCCACGUUGGUGUGGAAAGCAUGAUAAAUGCAGACUUCUGCACUGGUGCUGUGCUGAUUUCUUUUGGCGCCGUUUUGGGGAAGACCAGUCCUGUGCAGCUACUUGUUAUGGCCAUUUUUGAGGUGACAUUGUUUGCCGUCAAUGAGUUCAUCCUGCUUUCUAUUCUUGGGGCCAAUGACGCUGGAGGAUCCAUGACCAUUCAUACAUUUGGUGCAUACUUCGGCUUAAUGGUGACCCGCGUCCUUUACAGACCAAACCUGAACAAGAGCCAACACAGAAACUCGUCUGUCUACCACUCUGACCUCUUUGCCAUGAUCGGUACCAUCUAUCUGUGGAUGUUCUGGCCCAGCUUCAACUCAGCCAUUACACACCACGGGGACCCCCAGCACAGAACCGCCAUGAACACUUACUACUCUCUGGCCGCCUGCACACUGUCUACAUUCGCUUUCUCAGCCCUCGUCAACCCAGAAGGCAAAUUGGACAUGGUGCACAUUCAGAAUUCCGCACUGGCUGGUGGUGUUGCUGUGGGAACAGCUGGAGAGAUGAUGCUGACUGCAUUUGGCUCUAUGAUCGUAGGAUUCCUUGCUGGAAUUAUUUCAGUCCUGGGAUACAAAUACCUCACGCCGGUUUUGGAGUCGAAACUGAAGAUUCAGGACACUUGUGGCAUUCAUAACCUGCAUGGAAUGCCAGGAAUUCUGGGAGCUGUGGUGGGUGCUGUCACUGCUGCCCUGGCAUCCCCAGAUGUAUAUGGAAACGGAUUGCAAAGAGUUUUCGGUGAUGUUGAAAGUGGAAAAUGGAACCCUCAAUCUAAGGGAGGGUUUCAGGCUAUCUCCCUGGCCGUCACACUGGGAAUGGCUCUGUUUGGUGGUCUAAUUACAGGGUUCAUUUUGAAGCUGCCAAUCUACGGUUCUCCUCCGGAUACUCACUGCUUUGAGGAUGGACUCUACUGGGAGGUGCCGGGGGAGGAGGAAGGUCACAGUGAGCUUCACGAAGUGGCCACACCAAACGAAGUGUUAAAACUCAGCAGCUAAAUGACCUGCUUUCACCUUUUUGCAUUUGUUCAGCUGCCACCUGUGAUGUUCUCUGCAGGUGCAAUAUAUUCUACUGACUUAAAAUAAAACAAACUUUGUUCCAUUAUUUUAUUUUUUUAUCAUAAUACGUUGUUAUAAAAUUAUUAGCCCAGUUUACCUGAGGAACAAUGAGAAUGUACAACUUUAAACGUAUUAUGUUACUCUGAGGCAACAUACCUGUGAUUCCUUAUAACACCACUAGAUGGUGGCGCAGAGCUGCGAAUGGCUCCACAGCGCCGAGACAGGGGACAAGCUGAUUAUUCGCAUGAUUAGCUCUUAGAAAUAUUUGUUAUAUAAGAAAGCUGACUGUAAAAUGCAGUUUAUGCUUUCUCUUUAUUUUUAAUAUAUUUUCAAAAACAAGGAGAAUCUGCAAAGGGGAUGAUUGUGGGAAAUGUUUUGUAUUCGUUUGUUGUAAUUUUUAUUUCCCCAAAAAUGAAUUUGAAAUAUAUGAAUCAUAAACAGCUGGAA